AUGGAUGGUCACUCUAAAUUAUACUUUCAACUAAUAGCUGCAGUUCACUGGUUAAAUUAGGCGGAAAAAAUUUCAAUUUUAUAUUACUAAAUGAUAAUCCGUUCUUGUGACUUGAAACAUCUGUAUUAAAGAAAGCGCUGUAAAAUGUCCGAUAGGUGGUGAUAUGGUCUGCAAGAGCUGAUUGGAAUUGAGUUUUCCUUUUCGUCUGUAAAAAAACAUUUUCGAUCAAAAAACAAUAAAAAAUGGAAGAAUGAAACUGAAAUGGCAAUUUUUUUAAUUCUAAAGAAUUUAAUGCAUGGUUAUUUCAUGUUAUUUUCUAGACGGUAACUGCAUCUGUCAAAGUUAAAACUUGCUUCUCAAUCCUGAUGAUAAUUAAAGAUCAUUUUGAUAUAUUUACCAUAUUCUGAAAUUCAUUAAAAUAACUUAGAAUACAUAAUGCUUAUACAAUUCUAUUCUUAAUGACAUGGAAAGAUUUUGUCAAUCUAAUAGAUCAUCAUUUCCUCCAGUAUCUGCAGUCAGUUCUGAUCAAGGAGUUACCAUGUUACCAUUAGCAUUUUGUCCACAUGGUACUCUUGCAGGUCAUUACACUCGUUUACAACAAGGUAAUAUCCCUUGGUGGAAAGCAUGGACCAAAAAAUAUGUUGUUUUAUGUUUGAUAUGUGGAGGUGCUUCUGUUCUCCUUGGAAUAAUAUUAAUUUGUAUUUAUUUUAUUUUACGAUCAUAUACAUCCUCUCUUCAAUUUUUUGAAACCAUUCCUACUUAUGUUCCUGCAGUUGUGCUCAUUGUAACUGGUAUAAUUGUUAUGUGUUUUGCAAAGAGAAAGAACAGAUAUGCCUAUUUAAUUAAACUUGCAGGAGGUUGUUGUCUAAUUUGUGCACUCCUGUGUGUGGUAAUCACUGUUACAACAACUGUAGUUCAUAUGAACAGACUGCAGACUUUACAUGAAUGUGUUUAUAAUCCAAAUGUUAAAACGUGCAUGUGUGUUUCUGCUACGGUUGAUCCAAAUACUCAAGAUGGUGCUCAUCGUUUCAUUUUCAAUAAUACUCCUAGCUGUGAAGUGGUGCAUGGAAGUUUGUAUGCAUGUCUUAGAGCAUUAUUUGGAUUAUCUGUGACUGGAAUUUUAGUGUGUAUAUUUUCUUCCAUGUUAGUAUAUCAAUUACUUAGUCAUGAAAAGAAAAAAUUAUAUUGGGAACAGUUGGAACUUCGUCGCAGAUUUUUAUACCGACGUCAGUCUCAUCAUACAUGUGGUUGUUAUGAAGAUUUAUAUUCUUGGCAACUUUGGGAAAUGGUCGAUUACAGACUUUUAAACCCACGUUAUUUGGCUUCGAGUCCAGUUGGAGAAGAAGAAGAAUCAAGGAAUUUAGUUACUACUCCUUCUGUUCGUGGAGUUAGUUUUGGUGGAGGAAAUCAUCAAGCAUCAGGAUGGAGUUGGUUGCCCUGGCCUUGGCAAGAUACAGUAAAUCAUAAUGUUGUGCCAAACAGGACAUCCGUUAACAAUACUCGUUAUAAUCUAAUGAGAAGACUUAUAUCUCGUAGUAUUUGGGAACAACAAACAGUAACUCCAAGUUCUAAUACUCCACAAGAAACUACAGUUCAGAAUGGUUCACCAAAUUAUCCACCAUGGCGUAAUGAUUGUAUGCAUGUAAUACAGCCUAACUUAAGAAGUGGAAAUGAUGUUUCUCAAGUACGAUUUGGUAUUCGUGCCAGAAAUUCUGCUUAUGGACGUGCAGCUGCUGGUCACAGACGCACACGAUCAAAUGAUGGUAUAUUUCAUCAUUUACACAUGAAUACAACACCCCUUUUUACUCAACCAUAUCCUGUUCAAGAUGGUUCAGGAGUGGUCUCUUGUCAUUUAAAUUAUGAAGUACCACGUUACAUGUGGGGUCCUCCACCACCAUAUUCUCAGCCAACUUCAUUAGAGAAUAUUUCAACUCUAGAAAAUGGAAAUGAUGGUCAAGAAAUUAUAGUAAACAGAGAAUGCAAUAGUAACAGAAGACUAGAUGAGCAAUUGAACAGAAUUAGUAAUAUUGAAAUAGAAUCUACAGGGACACCACUUUCCUCAAAGAGAAUGAAUUCAUUGAGAGAACAUAAAUUGAUGUGUCGCAAUUUUUCUUCAGAUGCCAUAACAAUUACAAUUGGAAACACUUCUUCAAAUAUGUGUAAUCAAAAUGAAAAUUACAAUUCAGAUGAUUGUAAAAGAGAGGAUACUUGUGUUGUUGAAGUUCAUGUUCCUUAUUUAAUUCAUAAAAGUGAUGUUGUUUUUAAUACACUGCCAGCAAGAAGUUCCAAGAAGAAGCAUCAUAAUCCGUUUAAAUCAUUAUCUAAUAUACCAUUGUGUUUCUCUAAAAAAUUGAAUGGAUUAAGAAAUGAUAAAAAUUUAAGCUGCAAUUUAGCUGUGAUUGAAAAAUGUUGUGAACUAAAGGAGGCAUUGAACCAUUCCAUCAAUUCAAAAUGCUUAAGAGAUAGAAAAAAUACAUUGUGCGAUGCAUUUUCAUUGAAAACAUUAUCUGAACAACAUCUUUGUGAAGAUAAAAGUACUAAUACAUCUAUUUCUGAAGCUUCUCCUAGUUCAUUGAGUUUCCAUCCAACAAUUGUGGAAAUACCAUCAGAUUUUAAGUCAAGUGUAAUAAUAGCAACAAGUCCAUCUACUCCAGUAACAGAAAAUAUCACAUUACCAAAUAUUAUAUAUGCUCAGUCCAUGCCAAAUUUAAGUCUUUCUAAUUCCCUUACAAUGUGUAGUGUACACAGAACUCCUUCCAGUGGCAAUACAUCCACAUCUCAAGACUUUGCUGAUUUUGAAUUGGAUGAAGAUAGUUCACCAAUUGAACUUGGUAGCCCUAUUAAAGACUUUUCUCAGUUUUCAGAUGGGACAGGCCAUUGUAAUGGUUCUCAAUUGCUUACUUGUGCCCAUUAUGUUGAUGGAUAUUUUGAUAGAUCAGACACUUCUAGCGAUUCUUAUGGCCCCUCCUGUGGAAUCGUAAAGUGUAUAGACGACAGACCAUUCUCUGUAAAUAAUUUACCCAGCCCAAUUCCUUCAGAUGACGGAAUGAAUGAAGACAAACAUUCAGACAUAUUUUUGUCUGAUUCUUCUAAUAAAGAAAAACUGUGUGCACCACCAAUUCAAUUUUCAAAUACUCCUAAUAAUAUAUCUCAAGGAGAAACAUUGAAAGAAUCUCCAACUAUUAUGUGUAAUGCUGGAACACAGUGUGAUUUAAAUUCGCCUAAUGAAUUAGAUUGUUUUUAUGUGGCCACAGCCAUUCGAGGAAGAAAUCUAAUUCCACUUCCACACAGUGACAAAUCAGAAAAUUUUGUAGUGACUGUAAAAGGUGUAAAUGUUUAAAUAUUUAUCAAUCAAAUGUUGUGUUUUUUGUUUAUUUAAUAGAAUUGUAUAUAAGUUAAUCUGGCAAACAAAAAUUGAUCUUGUUGACAAUUUUAUCAUCAAUUUAAUGUUUUAUUUUAUCAUCAAGAUCCUGUUUCAAGUUUUAAUAUGCUUAAAGUCAAAUCAGCUCAAAAUUUUUCAAUGAGAUAUUAAUAAUACAAAUAUUACCAUUUUGAUAUUUGUGAUUAUGAUGCAAAUUUAUAUAGAGAGAAGAUUGUAAUUCUCAAAUUAAUAUUGAACGUUAAUAAUAAUUCAGCUGGUUGACUUUAAGUAUAAAUGUAAAUUGAUUUUAUUGUUGUUAAUAUGUUCCACUUUUAAAGUGCAUUUACAAUUUUAAAAAAUGUUACAUUUCAUUUAUUAAUUGUUUUGCUUUUGUUAUUAGAUUUACCAACAUCCACAAUUUUUAAUAGUUUUUUCAGUGACAAGUGACUUUUUUAAUGUGCCAAAAUGUUUUUAAAAAGUAGCUCAGCUCCCAAUAAUACAAGCCCAGCCCAAAAUAUCUUGCAUUUUGUGAGAUAUAAAUGUAGAUCAUACCGGUAUAUUCUUUGGUAAUGAUGGAGAAUAGAGUUGACGAAUUAUCAUGAGAAUUAGUGUUUUGAAAAAAUUUUCAGAAUGGAAAAUAUACUUUCAAGGUAAUAAUUGUAAAGGUUUUUCUUACGUGCAAAUGUGCAUUGAAUUGUGUGAAAAAUAAGAUUUGAAUAAGUACAAAAUUUGUGUUGAUAUAUUACUUAAAAUGGUAUGAAUGAUAAUAAAGGAAAAAACAAUUAGU